AUGAUCCUACUCGAGCAGAAUAAUCGAAUCACCAUCGAUUUAUUGGACUUGAAGUUCACUAAUGCGAAAGAAGGCAAGAAGCUAGAAUUCGUCGAUGCCCAGUUCGCUGACUUUGACGGUGUACUCUAUCAUGUUUCGAAUCCAGAUGGUGACAAGACAAAAAUACGAUUGAGCAUAUCGUUGAAGUUUUUCAAGGAACUUCAGGAACAUGGUGCUGAUAAUGUGAUCCCAAUCACUCAUUACUGUUCUUCUAGCUUCUUCGUCGCGAUAAGUUUAAUAUUUUUUUCAUGGCAUCUUUCUACUGUAGUUUUAGUUCAAAAGGCAUCUGCAUUAAAGAGGAACUGCUUCGCCUCCGUAUUCGAGAAGUACUUCGAAUUUCAAGAAGCAGGACAAGAAGGCCAGCAAAGGGCUGUGAUUAACUACAGGGAAGACGAGACAAUGUAUAUUGAAGCAAAAGCUGACCGUGUUACCGUCAUAUUUAGUACAAUUUUCAAAGACCCUGAUGACGUCAUUAUCGGGAAGGUGUUUUUGCAGGAAUUUCGUGAAGGGCGAAAAGCAAGUCAAACAGCUCCAGCAGUUAUAUACUCCCUAGGCGAACCUCCACUUGAAUUACGAGAUCAACCAAACGCAAAAGUCGGCGAUAAUGUGGGCUACAUCACCUUUGUGUUGUUUCCUCGACAUACGAACAAGAAAGCCCGCGACAACACAAUAGAUUUGAUCCACACGUUCCGUGACUAUCUCCAUUAUCACAUCAAGUGCUCGAAAGUGUAUAUGCAUUCAAGAAUGCGUUCAAAGACUAACGACUUCUUGAAGGUUCUCAAUCGCGCUCGGCCGGAAGUAAAGUUGGAAAAGAAAACUUUCAGAACUUUGACUACCUAA